GAUGCCCUGUGUGACGUUAGCGUUAUCACUCACCGGAGAAUGGGUUCACGAUUUGCGCAUGCGCACUUGAACAAUUAAGUUCUCCACAGCUGAGCGGCGUCACUAUCUUUAAAUCAGAACAUCGUUAAACACCAGGUUAGGUGUUAAAGGUGUCUCCGUAGAUUGAGCCAUUGUUUUGUUGACCAUUGUGAAUGGGAGAAAGUGAUAAGUAGGCCGAUUAAACACAGGGGAAGACAAUUAAAAGAAAACUAGACGUUAAAGCGUGGGGGCUAGCUGUGAACUUCACAGUUGUCAGUCGCGACUGUUAAUGCAUAUGGGUAACUGGCAGCCCCUCAUGGGUGACAACCAAUCACUGAGCCUAGGGCCGAUCAGAAAUUACCUAACUUAAAAGCGGCGACAACCAUUCACCACGGCAGACAAGCAACGGGACUCGAGCCGUUCACAUAACUCAGCUCCAGACCAUUUACUCGAAUACAUAGAUAUCUGCACAUACAUAUAUAUUUGUGUAUAUACUUGACGACAAGAGAUUUCAUUGAACAGGAGAAAAUGCCCCGAGCAUUCUUGGUGCGAAAGCCUGACGACCCUUUGCCUUCAUCGAUGGAGAGUUCCGACGAGCCUGUGGCAAAAAGAGCAAAGCUUUGCGACGAAGAAUCAGUCCUUCCCCCCGCUCCGAAAAGCGAAAGGCCUUGCGGAAUCGCAUUUCCAAGUGAUGUCAGAGAGAACGCUGUGGACAAGACGACUGCCCUGAGCGUCAAGCCAGAAGAAGCCUCCUUAGCGCCAAAGACGCCUAAAGAACAUUCUGCCAUGGAAGAUCUGCGGACCAGAAAACCUCACACAGUUUCACCGCCUGGUUCAAGAGACAGAACGCCGUCAAUCUCGCCCGUGUCUCUAGUCAGCGAGCAUCGUGUCACCCCCAGCGGUUUGAGCAUCCCUGCUCCUUUCUACCCCGGCCUCUGCGCUCCGAAACCAGUGUUCCCCCUCGACAAAAAUUCAAACUUCAUGUCCAUGGCCGCAGCAUCGCCCUAUUAUUCACCCUACAUCCCCACGUCGAUGAUGGACCACGCGGCGAUGCAAUACAAAGCGCUUGCCAACAGCAACGAGAGUUUACUCUCGUGGUGGACCAUGCAGAGGCUGAUGACGUCACCGCUGGUACAGUAUCCCGGAUUACCGAUGUGCCCACUUCCCGCCUUGCCGACUUACAAACACCACGAGGUCCCUAUUCCCCACCAGCCGCCUGUCUCCAGAGCGCCUACCAGGUCCCUUUAUGAGACCCUUCCCAAGCACAUUCCCAUUAUGCCACUUCCGGUACCUAAAGUGGAGUUGGUAAAUGGUGGUUACGGAAUGAAGAACCCUAUGAUGACUCAAGCACAUGCUGAACUAGUCAGCCAGGAGCUGGGGAAACUUGGCGCACAAACAGAAGACAACAAGUUCGUCUGCCGUGUUUGUCAGAAAGUGUUCCCAUUACAACGCCUCCUGAACCGCCAUCUUAAGUGCCACAGUGACAUCAAGCGGUACCUGUGUACAUUUUGUGGAAAAGGAUUUAACGACACUUUCGAUCUGAAACGACACACACGAACGCAUACGGGUGUCCGUCCCUACAAGUGCAGCCACUGCGACAAGGCGUUCACUCAGCGGUGUUCCUUAGAAUCCCACUGCAGGAAAGUCCACGGCAUCACAUUCGAGUACGGCUACAAAGAGAGGCGAGGGAAGAUGUACGUCUGUGAGGACUGCGGGCACACCACCUCCGACCCAGAGGCCUACUAUGAACAUCUCAAAGAAAACCAUCCUCACAGUCCGGCCCUGUUGAAGUGUUACGACAAGAGACAGUUCAAAUUUAGUAACGACAGGAUUCCGUCUUUGCUGGAGACGAAAGGACAGAUUGCCGAGAGAGUAGUAUGAUGUAGUAUAAUACAGUUUACAUGUAGUGUAGCAUAAAUAUACAAAGGCAGCCUUCUUAUUGUGAAAGCAAUACCCGGUGCAAUUGGUGCUAUUAAUUGUCAACUUAUAUGGGCUUCAACCAGCAGUUUUCGAUUGUUUAUCUUUUAAUUUAAUUCUCCCAUUAUUUUUUCCCAAUGAUUUCACAUUUAGCAUAGGCAGAGCAAGCUAGGGUAUUUUUUUGUUCCAAACGUCAGUCGAUGCAGACGUACUUGUAGAUACCCCUGGGGCCAAACUUAAUAACAGAAUUUUUUUUCAAGAUAGGCGAAGGUAGUACAAUCAGAAGACAAGAUAAUGGAAACUGUUGAUACAAUAUAUUUGUUGUUGAUAUAAUUAGAAAUUAGAUAAUAGCUCAUCAAUGCCAUGUAUUUACAGAAACUUUGAUUAGUUGUUUUUUUCUUUAGUCAAUUAAACUAAUUGAUUUAUCGGUCUUAUUUAUGUAAAAACAUGGUAAAGUGACUGGCAGGUUCAGGGGUUUAUUUUGCUCAUUUCAUUUUCUGUGUGUUAUUAGUAAAUGCUAUAUUUGUUGUGCAUGUGGAGUCAGUGUGCAGUGUGGCAUUAGAAUCAAAAGUCUAAUAUUGGAUUUCGCAGUCACCGUGACAUCAAAAUACGCGUCUGACGUCAUACGCCAUAUGACGUCAUACAAGCGGUUAAAACUUUGUACAUAACAAGUUAUUUACAUACUAUUAGUUAUUUGUUGUUGGUUUUUUCAAAUAGUUGCUUUUUAUGUGUAUGACGGAAUACUUAUGACAGAAUGCCUAUAUGACAUCAAGCGAAUUUUACUAACACAAUUACUUGCAGUUUUAAGUUUAUGAUGUUUACAUUUGGUCAUUAGUUGAAUGAUAUAAUAUCCAAAUAUUGGUACAUGUUCAUUUAAGGAUAAUGGUGUUGUCCUCUUUUAAGUGAUCAUUGCUAUACAGUGAACGUGCCCGAUAGCUGAGUCACGUUAACCUAGAGUAGUUAGUUGACAUUAAAAAAACCCUUCAAGUUACAUUUAAAGGAAAAGUACCUUUUGGACAAUGUUUACUAUAAUUUGACAAAUCUUUAAACUGCAUAGUGAUGCUCUCAUUACGUAUGGGCGGAUUGAAAGAGAUUGGAUAUUUAAGUGAAUCAUAAUGUUGGUACCACCCAUAAAGUACACAUUAUUUCCGCCGUGGCAUGUUGAAUACCACGUUACUAUAAUUGCCGUACUUUAAGGCUGUUACAAGCAUCACGACAAUAAACAAAGCUUUUUUUUUACGUUUUAACUUAAUAGCAGUGACUAUGUUGUGAAAAUAAUUGUACAUGACUUCAGUGACGGACUUUUACACGGACUCUAGGGCUUCGAAAAGCAUUGUAAUGAAAAUCAAAAUGCAAAAUGAUUAAUCUCGUGUUAUUUUAGAAGUUUAAAGCACGAGGGAAGUUGUAUAUUUUAAGUGUGCCGGUGAUGUGCAAUUAGCAAUAUUCUGUGCUUCUUCAUCUCUAUAUGUGAAAACCUGUCAUGGGCAAUAACAUUAUAUGAGCAUAUGUGAAUAUAUAAGUAUAUGUUCAAUUAUAUUUAUUUUGAUUUGGGAGGAAGCAGUCCCAUUUACAGGUGUAUUCCUAUGAUGAUAUUGAAUAUCUGUAAUUAAAUUUUUUUAGAUAUAUCAAA